UGUUUCUACCCGGUCCUUUUACGCAGACGGACAGAAUUAAACAUGGCAGCCGCUGAUGGAAACAUGACCGCUAACGUGGGAGAAGAAGCAGAAAAAGACCAAGAGGCCAAACUGCAGCUGUUAAAAGGUGCAGCUUUCCUCACCACGGUGGCGUCUGCAGGGAUGCUGGCGGGAUUCGGCUCCUCGUUGGCGCUCGCCAGGAAGAAAAGUCCCGGCUGGUUCAGUAAGGGCGUGGUGUCCACAGCAGCCGUCCCAGAGAGCGGAGCCUCUCUGGCCCUCCGAGCUCUGGGUUUGGGUUCCCUGUUCGCCUGCUGUGGGGUCGGCCUGCUGAGCGCCGCCGUGUGGAAGCUCCUCGGGGUUCACAGCUUAUCAGAGUUCAGACACAAGAUGCAGUCGCUCUUCCCGACCGUCCCGAAGAACUCGGAGGAAGCUUCUGGACCUGUGGACUGGGACGCUGUCUUUAAGUCAAAGUGACGUCCUGGUUCUGGACCUGUGGACUGGGACGCUGUCUUUAAGUCAAAGUGACGUCCUGGUUCUGGACCUGUGGACUGGGACGCUGUCUUUAAGUCAAAGUGACGUCCUGGUUCUGGACCUGUGGACUGGGACGCUGUCUUUAAGUCAAAGUGACGUCCUGGUUCUGGACCUGUGGACUGGGACGCUGUCUUUAAGUCAAAGUGACGUCCUGGUUCUGGACCUGUGGACUGGGACGCCGUCUUUAAGUCAAAGUGACGUCCUGGUUCUGGAGACUUUUUGGCGACAUGGACUCCAUUUAAAACGUGUUUGGCUCAGAGACCCAGAAGGAUCGUGAUGGACUCCAGAGGCCCAGAGUUCAUAAAGAGUCAAAGGUCACGUUACAUUUAGGGGCCCUGGUUU